CCGACCGCGUAUCUUAUAAUUCCUAUCAUCUUCCCUGCGAGAAAUGAAAUCAGCUCAACAGCGCUGAGGCAAAGAAGCUCUCUCUCUCUCUCUCUCUCUCACAAAAUCUGGGCCAUCCGUUCAGCAUCAUUCAAUCUAUACCAUCCAUUCAAUCCAACCCCCUCUCGGCAAAAAUCAUCGUCUCGAAAUGGAUCAGAAUGUAGCAGAAAACUAUGCCAACCCAAAGACAUGUUUCUUCCACGUUCUCUUCAAGUCCACUGCUUUAGCAUUCUACAUCCUAUCGGCGCUGUUUGUUAGCAGCUUUGUCAUCAUCUUCGUGGUUACUGUUCUUCUUGCAGCUCUUGAUUUUUGGGUAGUCAAGAACGUCAGUGGACGGAUAUUGGUUGGUCUAAGGUGGUGGAAUGAAAUAGACGAGCAAGGGGAAAGCGUGUGGAAGUAUGAGUGCCUUGAUCAAGAGUCGUUGGCUCGGAUGAACAAGAAGGAUUCAUGGCUCUUUUGGUGGACACUUUACCUUACGGCAGUUGCAUGGAUAUUCCUUGGAAUAUUUUCACUCCUAAGAUUCCAAGCUGAUUAUCUUCUGGUUAUAGGAGUUUGCUUAAGUCUCAGCAUUGCUAAUAUUGUUGGCUUCACUAAAUGCCGCAAAGAUGCCAAGAAACAGAUUCAAGCAUUUGCUUCCCAGACCAUUGCUUCUCAUGUUUCGUCGACACUACAGUCAGCAUUCAGCGUCGUAUGAGUUUAUACAGAAAAAAGGAGAGAAAAUAAGACCACGCUGCAAUUCGACAUUUCAGGAAGUACCUUUUCCUGUGUCUUGACGGGUCGAAUGUUGGUUGAUUCCGGGCAUCAUUCUGCCGACAAUUUGUAGAAAUAGAAUACAUAACAAGCACUUUUUUAUUUUUUAAUUUUUUCUGUCGCUACUGUAUCCUCUGGCUGAUAGGGUUCUGAGUGGUGAAAAUUUUCCCCAUCUUUCAGCAUUGUAAAACAAGGUUUCAUCUGAAGGAACUGAAAACUGUUUGUGGUAGCUUGUUAGAGUACUCUUGUUAAGGUUCUUUGUAAGCCAUAUCAAACAGUUCUCAGGCCAUGAGCUUGUA